AUGGCACUCACAUCUGAACAGAUUGUCUAUGCUGCCUUGGAUGCUUGGGUUAGUCUUCCCAUUUUUGAAGCUGUUAAAAAAUUUCCAGAGGCUGGAUCUCGUAUAAUUUCGAAAAAUUGUGUUCCAGGAGUAUUUGUUGAUUUGAAACCGCGAGGAUUGAAGCAUGUCAUUGCUUCGGGUCGAAUUGAGCAGCCUGAAAACAGUAGCAGUGCAGAGAAAAACUCUUGUCGUCUAAGAGGUCUAAAAGUAAAUUUGCCAGGAUACAUGGUUAAGCAAAAUAAUGGGAUUGCCUUACCAGCAAUUGAAAGAAGAGAUGUUCUGACUUUAGUGCUCUUACGUUCGUUUACGGAACCUGAAUUUCUGAUUACAGUGUUUAAAGCUAAUCUUAUGACUGCAACAAAUUCCGAGGUUCACAACACCCAUUCCGAACGCUAA